AUGUGUUCAAUUGAAAAAAUUUUAGUGUCAAUGGUUUUGUUCACCAUUUUACGAUUGGAAACAUAUCUUUGUGCAAAUCUCAAUAGCAAGAUCAUAAUGGAAGAUGCUAAAGAAAAAUAUAGAUUUUUGAUAACCGGCGGUUAUCGUCCUAAGAUAGAUAAUUUGGCAAAAUAUGUUGUCUCCAUACGAGGAAAAAAAUAUGAAAGGUUUUUUGGAGAUGAUCACAAUUGUGGUGGCUCCAUAAUCUCACCCAAAGUUAUUCUGACUGCAGCACAUUGCGUUUGUAUGAUCGGUACCCGAAUAGAAUUGAGACCGUCUGAUUUAUUGGUCAUAGCUGGAACUCCGAGGCGCUUGGUUGUUACUGAAAAAACACAAGCCUUAAAAGUUGAUAGAGUUAUUAGCCACGCCUACUACGACCCUGAGACUAUGCACAAUGAUAUUGCUUUGUUAUUGCUGCUAAAAAAUAUAUAUGAAGACGGUGUUUCAGCACAGAGGAUUAGUCUGCAAACCAGCUCAUUACCUCCUCAUACAAAAUGCACCGUGCUUGGAUGGGGUCGAAUUUUUAGCCUGGGUCCGAUGCCAGAUUUAAUAUUACACACCGAUAUCUAUAUAAUGCCAACUGAAUUCUGUGAAGAGAGAGACGAUGAUUUUUUUUUUGGCAUGAUAUGUGCUACCGAUGAGGAUGAUUUUGAGAAAGAUUCGUGCGCUGGUGAUUCGGGUGGCCCGCUGAUAUGUAAUGGCAGUGUAACGGGUAUUGUAUCAUAUGGUUAUGGCUGUGCUUUACACGACGAGGCAAGUUAUUAUACUAAUGUGUCUUCAUAUCGUGAUUGGAUUCGUAAGAAUGGACUAGAUAAAUUAAGACCUGUGAAUUUUAUUUUGGUAAUUGUAUUGCAGAUUUUUAUAACGAAAGACUAG